AUGGGGUUGAUCGAGGACGCGUUUGGUGCGGAGCCACCGAUAGAUGGACGGGACACGACUGCAGAGCGUCGUUGGUGGGAUAAAAACAUACCCAGCUGGAUACAACGUCCCGGUCCUGGCAUGCUUCCGCCACUCCUUGCAGACACACUGCAUCACCCCGACCACUCGCUCGUUAGUGUCACUGUCACUCCGCCAGAUAUUUCAGCAGGUGCAAUACCUGGUGGAAGCUCUAGUGCGGGUUCAUCCGCAUCCAAUUCUCCUCCCCCAGGAUCCACGUCUGGUACACACAGCCGUUCAUCGAGCGCGUCCAUCCCUGCUCCGCCAACAGCCGAAGAGCUGCGGGAAGCGGUUCCGCACCCCCACGCGUAUUAUUGCAGACGACAUAACGGAUGGGUAUUGCUCCUUUGGCGAACGUCGAGCCUGCUCCCACCCCUUGCGCCGUCAUUUACCAACAACCUGCAUCCGCCGUUGCCUGACCAGGACCGUCGGAAGCUGACGCAGAAUUGUCUGGAGUCACCUGUCGGGCGACCGCAAAACAAGACCCAUCACUUUCAUCGUUACGAGAAGGCUGUCGAUGCGGCGCACAUAUCGCCUAAAUACUCACCGCGCGCAUGGGAAAGAGCCGAGCGCUCAAAGCAGUCCCGAAGACGCAUGACGAUCGGCUCAGACGACCUAGACUCCGAAGUGGUUGCGGCUGCGGUUAGUGGGGAUUUGCAAAGCGAGCGUAUGACACAAAUGGUUACGGACGCGAAGGAAGAGGAGGAAACGCACUACCUGCUAGACCUUUAUGUCUGUUGCCAAUGCUCGUUCUAUGUCGUCGUCUCCGACGUGAUCCCCAGCGUUAUUCCUUACAAAACACUUGAUGGGUUCGUUGCAGAGAAAAACAGUCAUCCGUCUGUUGGGAAAACGGAACAACAAUCCGUACAUGCGGCUUGGGAGACGGUUAUCACGAUCAUGGAAAACAAGCUCUGGAAGGGCAAUAAUAAAAUGCUUUCCGUUGGCGGAAAGGCGUUUUCCUCGAAAGUGGGAUGGAGUAACAAUGUACAGAAGCUCUUUGAAUCUAUUGGCUUCAAGAUGAUAAUGUCUUCUCCCAAAGAAGGCAUGGCUUCUGUUCCAAUGCUACAGCCUCCUGAUACAGAUGUAUCGAACGAGGUUGGCCGAUUGAACCGCGACCGCCUUUUGCGUGCAUGGGUGGAGAUAGGUGCAAUUCUUGCGGAUUUCCGCCGCCGUUUCCCGAACGUAACAAAAGACUACACUCCGCAUAGGCUGUGGGUUAAGACUGAGAAUGCCCGCGAAUUUUACCAAACUGCUAUUGGUGCUCACGCAGACCAAAUCAAGCGCGGACAACUACCCGAUGCGUUACAAGAGGCUCACCUGUUUGAUUCGGAUUGGGACAAGCUCGGCAUGACACCUUCGACGUAUGACAGCGAGCUCCUCCAUUUCGCCUACCUCGCCCAAUGCCGCUGUGACCCACAGAACACUCCUGAGUAUUUCCAGGCUCUCAGUAACGUCGUGGAUGCACUGCGUAGUGUCAUGCAAUCUCCUUCAUCCCUCGAGACUUUACUUGCUUCAGAAAGGUCACGCGGUCGCUUCACUGUUUCGGAUGUGCAAACGGCUAUCCGAACUCUAGGUUUUGGCGCUGACAACGACCUGCGGGUGGACUAUGACGAAGACGUUGACGAGCAUUUCCUGCAAAGUGCGUGGCGUGACGCGGUUCGGCGUUCCUGGAGAGAACACGAUGGUGCAUCCCGACGUCGUGACCUUAACGAGGCAUUCCGGAUCCUUGCGGAAAGCCGACGCAGUUUGGAGCUAGUGAAAGCGUUUGAAGAUGACCAGAUCAACGGCAUGACGCCUGAUAAAGCGUAUAGCACACUCGAAGUACCGAUGGGUGUUGAUGAGGAGAUGCUUAUUACUGUGUAUAAUAUGCGUGUCGAAGAUCAGCCUUCGUCGCUGAACAAAAUGCGUGAAGCAAUGCGCGUGAUCGCCGAGUUCACGUAUAGUGAACGGUUGCAGAGGUUCCUCGAGACCGGUAACGAUCCUGGCGUGGUUGUUGCUCAGACAAGGCCAGAAUGGCCACGGGGUCUGAACCAAUUAGGAAACACCUGUUAUUUAAACUCGUUACUGCAGUACUUCUAUACGAUCAAGGAUCUUCGAGAUGCCAUCGCUCCUCUUGCAGUCGAGGAUAAAUUCACGGACAGUGACAAACUCAAGGAUGAUGAUCUGAAAAAUCAUCGCGUUGGCGGACGUAUGGUCUCAAGAUUUGAAGUCGUUCGAUCGCGAAAAUUUGUUUCUCAACUGGCAAACCUGUUCAUGCAGCUUGAAAAUAGCGAAACACCUGCGGUCACGCCCACGCUUGAGCUUGCCAAACUUGCUCUCGUUACGUCCAAGGACGAAGAGGAGGACGACCCUGAACGAGUAGGGACAGACUCUUCUCACAGCACGGAUGCCACACUAGUAGACGAGCCUGCGCCUCUCAGAGAAAAUUCGUCAUCUCAACCGAAGUCUCCCUCACCAAGUGGCUCUUCAGUACUAGGUAAGCGUCCAAGGAGCUUUGGGCGAAGAAAGUCCGCGGAGGGUGCACCCACAGAAGACCAGGAUAAGGACAAGGAUGGCUAUGUCCUGGUGUCUAAACCGUCAGGUUCAAACACCCCUGUGACUGCAACCCCGGAUGCAGAAGGAGAUGUGCAGAUGUCUGAACCAGGAACUGCUACGCAAAGUGCAGUGACGACAAAAGCGCCUCCUCUCCCGCCUCGUCCCCUCAAGGCGCCCCAGUACUCGGGCUCGGAAAUGCUGUUUGGUAGACAACACGACGUUGCGGAGUGCAUGGACAACUGCAUGUUCCAGAUCGAGACUGCGCUUCUUCGAUUUGGCGAAUUGAUAGGGCCUGAUGACAGCAGUAAGAGGAGUAUCGUCAAAAGCCUAUUUUAUGGCAAGAUCCGUCAACGGCUUUCGGUUCCUCCAGAUGCGAAGAAAUCAAAAUCAUCUAUGCAUGAGCGGGAAGACUACUUCUCACAUCUACCCGUAAACGUGUCGGAAGAAAGCUUCGAUCUAUAUGACGGUCUUAGCGGGUAUUUCGCUAUGGAGGAUGAUGUCGACUUUGAAGGGACUCGAGCCAAGAUGAACGUCAGCCUCGUUGAAUUACCGCCUAUCCUACAUAUUCAACUUCAGCGCGUACAAUUCAAUCGGGAUACACUCCAGCCAUACAAGUCGCACGCAUAUGUCAAGUUCGGCGAGACGAUUUGCAUGGAUCGUUUCCUGGAUGAUGCGCCAGCCGAAAAGAAAGCGAAAGCCAAGGAGAUCCAAGCCGAACUAACUGCAUGUCGAGACCGUAUUCAUCACUUGACACAAGACAAACACGCUCCUUUUGAACAAAGCCUUGAUGACUCGUACAAUUUCCUCUCGAAGCAAACCGCGCUCGACCUGCCAGAUGCAACAGACGAGCUUAAGAAUUUCUUGCUUUCCGAGAAGGAGGUCGUUGCACGAGAGAUCGCAGAGCGACGCGCUCGGAUCGGCGAACUGAAAACUCAACUAGAGGACGUGUGGCGAGGCGAGCAACGAGCGGAAUACGAGUUGACAAGCGUAUUUGUCCAUCGUGGUUCUUCACCAACGUUCGGUCAUUACUUCGUGUAUCAGCGCUGGCUACCGGAUCACCCAGAUGAAUGGUUCAAAUACAAUGACUCGGAUGUGAGCGUUGUGGAUAAGUCAGAGGUUUUAGCAGAUACGACAGGAAGCACUGCAAACCCUUACUUGCUGGUCUUUGCGCGUAAAGGAACACAGGUGAUCCAAACCGUGAGCAGGGCAGAUUCUAUGACUGUCGACUAG